AUGGCACGAGCAGUGCUUGCUAAGAAGCAUGUGGGAAGAGGGUUGAAGUUAGUUGCGAUUAUCGCCGCCGUGGCGGUGAACCCAGGGGUGCCUGAUGCCAAAUCGGUGAGCAAUAUGGACGAGAAUAUAGCGGCACCUGAGCGGGCGGUAAUACCCCAAGAAACGAAUAUCCAAAAGUUGAUUGACGGCCUGAAGGCAGUGGAUGAGAAAGACUGGACUGAGUCACAGAAGCUGUUGUCUCAGAGGAUCGGUCGUGAGAGGCUUGAAGGCAUCUCACAAAUGAAUGAGCAGGGUCGGAAUUUCUUCCGGAAUGCUUGCAUUGUGGAGGACCCAUGGAAGGCAGAGGCUAUGGACCGGAAUGUUAUGGUUUUGCCUGUCAGAAGUGAGGACAAGGGUAGUUACUUACAAGCUUUCCAUAUAAAACCGGAAAUUAUGGAUCGUCUUCGUUCCUGGUUAUUGGGCAUUAGUAACGAGCAUAUCCGUGGUGCUUUCCCGGAUAGAGCGGAGGAACUUAUCUUGAUGAAGACUACCUCGCCCAAUGACUACAUUAGGCAUGCUGUGGUCCAGUUAGCUAACGCUAACCCGCAGAUUAGGCAAACCGUCUUCCGUUGGGGAGAUGAAAACCACCCGUUAUGGAAUGAGGAUCUU